GUACCAGCAGACAGGUGUUAGGUGGCUCUGGGAAUUGCACUGCCAGCAGGCAGGAGGAAUUCUGGGAGAUGAGAUGGGAUUGGGCAAGACCAUCCAGAUAAUUGCCUUCUUGGCAGGUCUGAGCUACAGCAAGAUCAGGACUCGUGGCUCAAAUUACAGGUAUCAGGGAUUGGGUCCAACAGUGAUUGUUUGUCCAGCUACUGUGAUGCAUCAGUGGGUAAAAGAAUUCCACACUUGGUGGCCCCCAUUUAGAGUCGCCAUUCUCCAUGAAACUGGUUCUUAUACUAACAAAAAGGCGAAACUAAUUCAUGAAAUUGCUUCAUGCCAUGGAAUUUUAAUUACGUCUUAUUCGUACAUUCGACUGAUGCAGGAUAAUAUCCACAGCUAUGACUGGCAUUACGUGAUUCUGGAUGAGGGUCACAAAAUCCGAAAUCCAAAUGCUGCAGUCACACUUGCAUGCAAGCAGUUCCGCACACCCCAUCGAAUCAUCUUGUCUGGCUCCCCUAUGCAAAAUAACCUAAAGGAGCUCUGGUCCCUCUUUGACUUUGUAUUCCCAGGGAAAUUGGGAACACUGCCUGUGUUCAUGGAGCAAUUUUCUGUUCCGAUAACCAUGGGAGGAUAUGCCAAUGCCUCUCCUGUCCAGGUAAAAACUGCAUACAAAUGUGCCUGUGUGUUACGGGACACCAUAAACCCCUACUUGCUGCGAAGAAUGAAGGCUGAUGUAAAAAUGAGCCUUUCACUUCCAGAUAAAAAUGAACAGGUCCUCUUUUGCCGUUUGACAGAUGAGCAGCGUCAAGUCUAUCUAAAUUUCAUCAACUCUAAAGAAGUUUACCAGAUUCUCAAUGGAGACAUGCAGAUUUUCUCAGGACUAGUAGCUUUGAGAAAGAUUUGCAACCACCCUGACCUCUUUUCUGGUGGUCCCAAGCUUUUAAGGGGUGUACCAGAUGCUGAAGUGGAAGAAGCAGAUCAGUUUGGAUAUUGGAAACGUUCUGGAAAAAUGAUAGUGGUAGAAUCCUUGCUGAAAAUUUGGCACAAACAAGGUCACAGAGUGUUGUUUUUCACUCAGUCAAGACAGAUGCUACAGAUAUUUGAAGUCUUUGUGAGAGACAGAAACUAUUCCUACCUCAGAAUGGAUGGCACCACAACAAUAGCUUCCAGGCAGCCCCUUAUAACAAGAUAUAAUGAGGACAAAUCCAUAUUUAUUUUUCUUCUAACAACUCGUGUUGGUGGCAUUGGAGUUAAUUUGACUGGUGCAGACCGAGUUAUUAUUUAUGAUCCUGACUGGAAUCCCAGUACAGACACACAGGCUCGGGAGCGUGCUUGGAGAAUAGGCCAGAAGAAACAGGUGACUGUGUAUAGGCUUCUCACUGCAGGUACUAUCGAAGAGAAGAUAUACCACAGACAAAUCUUCAAGCAGUUUUUAACGAACAGAGUGCUGAAAGACCCUAAGCAGAGGCGCUUUUUCAAAUCCAAUGACCUGUAUGAACUCUUUACUCUGAGCAGCCCAGAUGUGUCUCAGGGAACAGAAACAAGUGCAAUUUUUGCAGGUACUGGUUCAGAUGUUCAAAUCCCAAAACAAUUGAAACGGAAACUUGAAAAGCUACCUGAUAAUGACAGCUCUAAAGGUGAUCUUCAUCUUACAGAAAGCAGCUCACCAAAGUACAGCAGGUCAUCCAACUCCUGCUCAACCACCCAUAUGAGAAAUUAUUCUCCUAAAGCAAUAGAGACAAAUGAGGAAACCAAAGGAAACUUGGAAACCUUUGACCAAAAUAGCUAUGCAGAAGAUAAUGCAGAAGCUGCUACUAAUAUGAAUUCAUUGACUAAAAGCAAGGAGGAAAGCUUGGAAAGAGCUGACAAAUCUAUGUCCCAGUCAUUGCCAGGUGAAGCAGGGUCUUCAGAGAAUGCCAAAUAUCUGAAUGUGGCUGAUGAAGUACAUGGAGCAGCUAAUGCAAAUGUCAAGGGAGAUUUUAGCCUUACAUGUGGUGCAGCUGGCUCUUUGGAAAAGCAGGUUGCUAAAACUGAAGAUGGGCAAUUAGAUAAUAAUCACUAUAAAUGUACCUCAAAAACAAAGCACAGAGUGGAUAUGCUGUCACAUGAAAGCCACAAAGAUAAGUUUAAGAAGAAACAUCACAAAGAUGCCAGAUUUGAAGGAGAGCGCAUUCCUCAUCUAGUGAAACAAAAGCAAUACAGAAAGGAGAAUGAUGAAGAGAAGGAGGAAGACUCAAAGAAAAAUGAUGAUUACGUCUUGGAGAAACUUUUCAAAAAAUCAGGGGUACACAGUGUUAUGAAACAUGAUGCCAUUAUGGAAGCUUCCAGUGCAGAUUAUGUGCUGGUGGAAGCAGAAGCAAACAGAGUGGCCCAGGAUGCCUUAAGAGCCUUAAAAGUCUCUCGACAGCGAUGUUUAGGAGCUUCUUCUGGUGUGCCAACCUGGACAGGCAUGAGUGGUCUUUCAGGUGCACCAUCAGGAAUAAAGAGUCGGUUUGGUCAAAAGAAAAACCCUAUGCUGCUUUCUUCACAUUCCACUUGUGCAUCACCUGCAAAGAAGUGCAAGGAUACAGAUACAAUAAAGAAAGAAAAUGUAAAGAAGUGUAGUUCCAAUGGGCACUUUGGUGGAAAAUCUGGAGAAUCAUCAUCCAGUGCACUAGAUUCUUCAUCUUUAUUAGCUAAGAUGAGGGCAAGAAACCACCUUAUUUUACCACAACAGACAGGGCACGAGGGAGAUGAGAAUCAUCAGCAAGCACUCACCCCAGCCCUGGGUUCAACAGAAUACGAUGAACUGCUCGUGGAUGUGCGUAACUUCAUAGCGUUCCAGGCCCGCGUGGAAGGCGAGGCUAGCACUCAGGAACUACUGCGCGAAUUUGAGGCCAAACUGCCAGCGGCGCAGUCCUGCAUCUUUAGAGAACUUCUCCGCAAUGUCUGCACCUUCCAUAGGAACCCAAAUGGUGAAGGUGUCUGGAGGCUAAAGCCAGAAUUCCGCUGACCUUUGUCAAGGGAAGGCACCUGUCUGUGUCUUGGCCACCACUUUCCUUUCAAAGACUCAAUGUUUGUCUAUUAAAAUGAGGAAUUAUUUUGUAUUCGUGAUUUAAUAAUUGACUUGAGCAGUCAGUGGUGCAGC